AUGGCUCGCCCACCUGAUACCACAUGGGAGCUGUUUCAUAAACUUAAGAGUCUACCCGAGCUGGGGAUAUGUUAUUUAUCGUACUACCUACUCCCCGGAAUCGACCGCACACUUCUCCACCAAGCAGCAGAAUUUGCAAGUACUGGGGGAGAUCCCGCGACUUAUGCGGGAAUAUGGGCCCAACAUAGCCUUACUGUUAUUGAAGAUCCGACGCAGCUCGAUGGGGUAUCCAUCGAUUCGAUUCGCGCUCGCUUUGAGGAGUGGGUAGAUGCACAGGGCCAGCGUGAUAAAUUCAACAAAUAUCGAAUGUGUAUCGUCAUUGAUGAGGAAUGCCUCCAGACGCUACUAGGUACAUCGGCGGAGGCUCUAGAUCAGGAAACACAGUACGUUCGAGAUAAGACCGUACGGUACGUGAAGGUUUUGGAAGCGUGGCCGAUUAUCGACGAGGGUGACGAAGACGAGUUUCCGGGAUGGAUGAAGUGUUGGUCGCACGCGUUAUGGGAUCUUUGGAGCAUGAUGGGUGAUGGUGCUGAAAUGAGUUUGUCCUGGGACAAGAUAAGUGAUUUUUGCCCUGGGGUGUAUGGUGGAUGA